AUUCAUUAAUUUGAAAUAAAACUAAAUUAUUUAUGCUCCCUGGGCAUGACUUUUACAGCGUUGUCAAUUUACCUGCGCGAUGGAAGUGUUAUUGCCCAGUUAUUAAAUUCAUGUAUUUGUUGAUAAUUUAUUGUGAGUUAGUGGAAGUCACUUGUUUUUAUUUAUAUUCGAAAUUAGUUUCAAAAAGUACUAAUUGACGAAUUCUGAGAAGUAUGGAAGACAAACCAUUAUGGAAUCCUACUAGUAGGGGUCAAAUUCUGCGAGCACCUAGAUCAGCCCCCAAUAUUGCGGCCAAUAGUGAUAUUGAUAGAAGUUCUGUUUCUUCAACACCUAUAAUUCCACCGGAACAAUCAAAAUUGAAUGCUGCAGCUGCUGAAUUCAUCCCUAAUAAAUGUUAUUAUGACAAUACUAAUACAGUUAUGUCAAAACCUCCUCAAUUAUCUGUACAAAACAGACUGAAAAUCCAUAAGGAUACAGAUUCUCAAAGAAAUCAGUCAUCAAAAGAUGUUACAAUCAAUUCAAGAUAUUACUCACAAGGAGAUAAUAAUUUUCGUUAUACUGAUAAUUCUUUGGAUGACCGAAGGUUGAAACAGUUGAUCAAUACUCUCACAUGUGAUCCAGGGCAGUUUGAUAGUCUCUUAGACAUCUUCAGGCAAACCCUUAGACCGUACUUUGAAGACAUUAUUGCUCUUGCAAGUGUUACAGACUUACUUGUUAGUCAGGCUAUAGAUCACCAAAGCUUUCGUUAUACAGCCGCCAGAUUAUGUUAUAGCAUAGAGCAAGAAUCUCCCACAUUCAGAGCACAGCUUCAUUUAACAUGUGAACGAGAAUUGAAUUCAAAUCCAAACAAACAAGGCAUUGUCCUUUUUGUUGCGGAACUUUAUACACAAUUACAUCAUGAAAAUAUAUAUGGAAGGUUUUUAUUGAAUGCUUUCAAACAGCUUCUUCAGGAAAGAGGAGACAACAAUGUAAAAUGUGUAUGCCAAGCUCUUAAGCUAACAGGAACAGCUUUAGAACAAUAUGACAAAGAAGCACUUGAUGAAGUGAUGGACAUGCUAAAUAACACCAGACAGUAUGUAUCAGGAACCGCUCUCAGUUUGUUGGACAUUGUUAUGAAAUUAAGAAAUAUAAAGUGGGGAUAUAGUAGUCAAGACUCCAGUGGCAGUAAUAGUGAACAAGAAGCCUAUUGGGAGGAUGAUGUUAAUACAGUGUUUUAUAAUCCUGAUGGAAACAUGCUUUCAAAUGAAGAAACAGAAUUUUUAGCUGCUAAUCUCCAAUCAACUGAUGAAUAUUUCUUAGAUCCUUCAGAAGAUCCUGAUGAACUCUGUGAUCCUGAACCUGAGAUGGAUGAAGAAAUCCAAGCUGCUUUUAAAGAAUUUGUCAAACUUGGUAGACGGUAGUUUGAAGCAUAUUGAAAGAGAAAGAAUAAUUGUGAUGUAUAUUUAACUAUUAAUUCGAUAAAAAACAUUAUCAUAAAAUUCUGGUUUUCUAUUUA